AUGAGAGCUGGAGGACAAAGGAAAGGACUCUUUCUCUGCAUCAUCUUGGUUUGUUGGGAGAAGGUUUCAGCACAGAUAAAAUAUUCCAUCGCAGAGGAAGUCAAAGUGGGAACGGUAGUAGGGAAUGUCGCCAGGGAUCUUGGACUGGACAUCGGCACGUUGGUGGAUAGACGUUUUCGCAUUGUUUCAGGCGCAGAGGGGGCUCAAUUUGAGGUAAAUGUGAACAAUGGCGUCCUGUUUGUGCGUAAAACAGUCAACCGAGAGGAGCUGUGUGAGGGCAUCUCACCAUGUUUAGUCAAUCUUAAAUUAGUCGCAGAGAACCCCAUGGAAAUACAUCAUGUUGCUGUAGAGGUUACAGACGUUAAUGACAAUUCACCUACGUUUCAAGAGGCAGAGAAGAUUUUAGAAAUACCUGAAUCCAUGCCUGCUGGAAAACGUUUCCAAUUACCUAGUGCGCAUGAUCCAGAUGUUGCUGUUAAUACGGUGCGAGCGUACAAAUUAAAUUCCAACGAGUAUUUUAAUAUACAAAUUAGAGAACGAGGAGAUGAUAAGAUACCUUUCUUGAUUUUACAAAAGCCUCUGGACAGAGAAAAGGACGCUGAGCAAAGACUUGUACUUACUGCAGUUGAUGGUGGAAAUCCACCAAGAUCUGGAACUCUGAAUGUUACAAUUAUAGUUCUUGACUCAAAUGAUAACCAUCCAAUAUUUACACAAGAAGUAUAUUCUGCAACAUUAUCCGAAAAUGUAAAAUUGGGUGCAAGCGUUAUCAGAGUGGAAGCAACUGAUUUAGAUGAAGGGUCAAACAGUGAAGUUGAAUAUUAUUUUGGAGGAGAGCUUGACUCUGAAAUCUAUGAAAUGUUCAAUUUAGAUAUAAGUACUGGUGAAAUAACAAUUAAGGCUCAACUUGACUUUGAGAAGGCUGAUGUUUACAAAUUAGACGUCCAAGCCAUAGACAAAGGACAUCUUCCUUUGAGCACUGAUUGCAGGGUCAUCAUCAAAAUUCUUGAUGAAAAUGACAACCAACCUGAAAUAGAUGUGACUUCUCUGUCAAAAACGGUAGCAGAAGAUUCCAAACCAGGAACUAUCAUUUCCCUCAUAAGCAUUACGGACAAAGAUGUCGGAUUAAAUGGCAAAGUAAUAUGCAGUCUUUCACAAAAUGCUCCAUUUGAAAUAAAACCUUCAUUUAAAGAUAACAUGUACUCAUUAGUCCUGAAAGACAGACUGGAUAGAGAAUUAGUGUCAGAUUAUGACAUCACCAUCACAGCUACAGACUGUGGUCAACCUCCUCUGUCCACUUUUAAAAUAAUUCAUCUUGAAGUGUCAGAUGUAAAUGAUAAUAUUCCAACUUUUAUGCACAACCCAAUCCAACUUUAUCUGAUGGAAAAUAACAUCCAGGGGAACUCCAUUUUUUCUGUCACUGCUUUUGAUAAAGACUUAAAUGAAAAUGCUGCCUUGACGUAUCACAUUAGCAGAGGAGAAGGAAGUCAAGCUAAAAUGUCAACAUUUUUAAACAUCAACCCUGAGACUGGCGACAUUACAGCACUAAAAAGUUUUGACUUUGAGAUCCUGAAAAGUUUCCAUUUUCAAGUGGUGGCUACCGAUGGCGGAAGUCCUCCACUGAGCAGCAAUGUGACAGUGAAGGUGUUUAUUCUGGAUCAGAAUGACAACGCUCCAGUCAUCUUGUAUCCAAUCAGCUCCAACGGUUCUGCUGAAGGUGUGGAGGAGAUUCCACGUAAUAUGAAAGCAGGAGACUUGGUGACUAAAGUAAGAGCCUAUGACGCUGAUAUAGGAUAUAAUGGCUGGUUACUCUUUUCCCUUGGACAAGUCACUGACCAUAGUCUCUUUUCUUUGGACCGUUAUACCGGCCAGAUCAGAACACUUCGCUCGUUAACUGAGACCGAUGAGGCUGAGCAUAAACUGCUUAUACUGGUCAAAGACAAUGGAAAUGUUUCGCUUUCAGCAACAGCCACUGUGACUGUCAAACUUGUGGAGCCCAAAGAAGCUUUUGCAGCUUCGGAUGUUAAAAGUGCAGCGAAAUCGGAGCAGGAGGAGGACAAUAUGACUUUUUAUCUCAUCAUCACUUUGGGCUCGGUCUCGCUCCUUUUUGUCAUCAGCAUCAUUGUGCUGAUUGCAAUGCAGUGCUCCAAAUCCACAGAGUACACUUCCAAAUAUCUCCAAGAAGCUAAUUAUGAUGGCACGCUGUGUCACAGCAUCCAGUACAGAUCUGGAGAUAAACGGUACAUGUUGGUUGGACCCAGGAUGAGUAUUGGCUCUACCGUAGUCCCUGGAAGUCACGCCAACACUCUGGUGCUCCCUGACAGGAGGCACACUUCUGGGGAGGUAAGACAUUUUUUUUGCCCUGGUGAAACUUUACAACUAACUUACUUAAUGUGCACACCAAUUACUAGUAGAAUUUGA